AUGGACUGGUACGACCCCGGGAUCGCCGCACGGGCCUCGGAUCCGGAGUUCACGAUGGCCGAUGCGGAUUUGGCACUGGUUGCCGUGGUUGGACGACAACCCCCGUUCCCGCCGGACUUUGCCGUCUUGACGCCACCGGUACAACCCACACGAGAGUGGUUCGUUCCUCUCGAUACGCACUCGCUCCCCUCCACUACUAGUACUACUGCUGCUAGUAGUAGCAGUACUAAGACUGCUGCUACCACCGUGGGGUUGGACAACGCCAUUGCACGACAGCAAGCUCUACCGAUAGUAUUGUCGGAAACGAAUCCUGUCGGAACCAAUAGCACUCUCGAGUCCACGGACGACCCCAACGUCCUUCCCGAUCGCGUUCCCACACACACUGCGUGCGACGGCUACGACGGCGUCUACCACAUUGCCAUGGGCGACAUUGGUGGUGCCGGAGGUACCAUUUUCUUUCAAUUCGUUCUCGGACAGGCUCUGUACGCGCAUCGGCACAAUCUGCAACCCUGGGUCUUUCUCAAUAACGUCAGUCACAUUGUUUACGACCCGCUCGUGCACGGUGACCCGACGGCACCGGGAGUCUCCCUUACGGCCCAGGUGGGACGCAACGCCACGUACCAGUACCGACCCAUUCGGCACCGACGAGAUACCUACCCCGGUCCCCCCGACGCCGACGUCCCGGUACAAUCCCAAACACUGUCGUUCGAAGGAACGGGUGUGUGGGAACACUACUUUGAACCCCUCUCGGAAUUCGUACCGGGCGAUCGUUCCUGCGUAGACAAACUCUACGUCACCAUGGAUCUUUACUUGAUCACUCCCGGCCUACACGGAUUCACGUCCUGGGCACCGCGUUGUUGGCGCUAUCAGUAUCUCCCGGAUUACAUUACCAAGCCGCACAUUCCGAUUACCGAAUGGUUGGAGCCGCAGCGGGCCAUGGGCCACGAUGCGGUACAACGAUUCCUGAAACCACGGUCGUACCUACUGCACGCUGCUCACCAAGCCAAUCCGGACUGCUCCGUACGGAAUGCCUGUUUGGGCCUGCACAUUCGCCAUUCCGACAAGGCCGCGGGACGGCGCGUCGUGGCGACGGCGGAAUUCCUGCCCUACGCCCAAGCCUUUGUCCACGCCGGUGGACAACACGUCUACGUGGCCACCGACAGUACCCACGUGCUGCAGGAAAUCGAACAAUCCUGGCCCGCCAGUGUCCGGACUCGGAUACGAAAUAUGGGCAACACCGUCGUGCGUUCCAGCGACGAAAAGGCCGUUUUUGAUAUCGCCUCACAUCAUCGGACCAAUCAAGAAAUUAUCGUUGAAAUAUACGCGCUGAGCCAGUGCCAAUUUCUGGUGCACGGUUUCAGUGCCGUAUCCGAAUCGGCGAUCUGGAUCAACCUGAAUUUGCACGUACAGUCCGUCAACUUGGAAGAUACGGAGCGAAUUCAACCGCCAACCUUUGGAACGAUGGUACAAAUGGUUCUCCGUGGCGAAGAGCAGAGUCAUUUGCCUAGGCCAAUGCGUACGGAGGAGUGGUGGAAUACAGAAGGAGAAUCAACCGAACCCCAUCGUGUCGUACACACAGCAUGUGACGGGUACGAUGGGAUCCUCCAUAUUUCCGCCGUCGGGAAUGAUCAGAGUGCUGGUGGGGCAUUCUUCACCUCGGUCUUGAACCAGCUGAUCUAUGCAGAGCAACACAAUCUCAAACCAUGGGUUCACUUGGACCCGAAUGCGUCCACGUUAGUCUAUGACGAAUCUGUACAUAACAAAACACCACCGUUCGCCCCCUUCGAAAUGAUGCGUGGAAUAGAGAUAGCAGUGAUCGAAGGACCGGAGAUGGUACCCACUAGAGCUGGGGACGGAGGCAAUCCUCCGGAGCUGUACCAAAUGAAACAGUACUAUCCGGGUGCUCCGGACCUACCCGAAAAUCAGACGCUCAAGCUGCUACGCAUGAGCUUUCCGGGUAUGGGUGUUUGGGAAAGCUAUUUCUUGCCCGUCUCAGACUUCGUGCCAGGCGACGUGUCUUGCAGGGUGAAACCCAUCCUCACAAUGAACGAAAGGAUGGUUGAUCCUGGGUUGAUAUCCUUCAGUCCACAGUCCGUUCGGGCGUGGCAGUACAACAGUGUCAGCGAUGGGCUUUGGAAUCCUGACGGAAAGUCGAUGAAAGACUGGUACAAGUCUAUGCGAGAAAAGGGUGCCGAGUUGGUGAAACGAUACUAUCGAUUCCAGCCGCAUAUUGUUCGAAAGGCCACAGAAGUGAAUCCUGUGGAAUCCGGCAAGCCGUGUCUCGCAGUCCAUCUAAGAAAAGCUGACAAGCAUGGCCAUCAUCGCGCGCCAGUGUCGACUAAGAGGUUUCUAGAAUACAUCAGAGCCUUUCUAGAUGUCGGGGGUAGGCAUGUGUACAUUGCAUCCGACUCGCACAGGGCGAUGCAAUAUGUCAAGAAGAAACUUUUGCUAGAUGACAACACUGUCAUCCACUCGCAAGGGGAGUAUGUGGUACGCUCGUACAAGGCAUGGCCGGCUCAUUUCAUGGAAAGUCAUCAUCGUGUAAAUAGCGAGGCUCUGGUAGACGCACUUGCGAUGUCCAAGUGCGACUUGCUACUUCAUGGACAUAGCACUCUAUCGGAGGCGGCGAUCUAUCUCAACCCUUUACUUCACGACAGGAGUGUCAACUUAGAAGACCCAGAUCGUGUAACCCCAGAGGAGUUUGGGAGCAUGUUCAAGCAUAUACUGGUAGAAACCAGCGUACAAAGUGACGUCGAAGAGCAGCGGUAUGCUGCCACGGAAGGAGAUGACGUAGAAGGUCAAGGUUCCGUCAUUAGCAUUGACCUACAAGGAUCGUUGAUUGUCUCUACGCUUUCAAAACGCCGGUGUCGGACGAAUGCAGUCAUCUAUCUCGCCCAAAAGACUCAUUCAAGCUACGGACGCGACAGCUACGGUAAUUUGCUGAUGUCUUUGGAUCUCCUACACGACAAUUAUUUGUCUAUCAACGACCACCUUGACAAUACCGAUAUCUAUAUAUUUCAUACCGGAGACUUCAACAGUACCGACUUGCAAGCCUUGGAGAAACGAUAUGGUUCGUCGUAUCAAGGUGCACUUCAUCUAGUAGAUUUAUCUAACUCAACUUUCUGGGCGCGACCAUCCCAUAACCUCAAUGAUGACCCCACAACGUGGUACGCCUACCCUCUGUUCUCGGAGGGCUAUCGUCGGAUGAUGCACUGGUAUGCAAUUGAUGUAUGGGAGUUUUUCGCCAAGUGGAACAAGAAAACUGGUUGUCGUUAUCGAUACUUGUUUCGUUUAGACGAAGAUUCUUUCAUUCACUCGGCUAUUCGAUACGAUAUUUUUGACUUUGUGCGCUCGAACAACUACGUUUACGGGUAUCGCAUGUGCGCAUACGAAAUGGCAGUAACGCGAAGGAUGUGGACCAUGUGGAGAAACCGUCACACAAAGUUUGUCCCACAAAGACAAAUCAAGCCUGAAUUGUGUGGCUUUUACAAUAAUAUGUUUGUGGCCGAUCUCGAAUUCUUUCUAUCCCAGGAUGUACAAGCUUUCCUUCAAUUCAUUGAUCGUCAAGGUCACAUAUACCGACGACGAUUGGGUGAUUUAAUGAUCCACUCGAUGGCUGUAUACGGGUUUGCUGAGAAGAAUCAAAUACACCGGUUUCUGGAUUUUACGUACGAACACGUGACAGUCAAUCAAACGUCGGGUUGCUUAGCGUGGGGUGGUAUACAGGCGGGCUAUGACGACCCUCUUGCUAUUGACACGCUCAAUACAUACUAUCAGAGCCGUUUGGUUGACAAUGGAUGUGCGGGCAAUGCCACCUUUUUAUAUGCAGAGGACUUGUCUCCUACGUAUGCACAUUUUUCAGGAACAACGCGCAGAAAACUGCCUUUGUAUACCAUCACCGCUGGACGGAUUGAGACGCCAGCAAUGGGUAUUCUUUCUGGCUAACUGUAAGCAUUGUUUUCUGUUAUGCAAACAAAGUAACAUUAGCACAGAAUGGACACUACUUUCUACCUGACCUGCAAAAGUUGCCAUGCUGAAGGAAACCCGUGCUAUCAGGUAUCACAUUGCAACAAAUACUACGAGAUGGUCAGGUCAUUAGGAAACGCUGGUUUCAGGAAUAUCCUUCAUAGUCUACAUCUCUAUGAGAUUGAACCGUC